AUGUUUAAGCAGAUCGACACGGGAUCUUCCUGUGCAACCAACAUCACCGACUGGUCAGUUGCCAGCCUUCAGCGUGCCCUCAAAGAGAGGAUUAUCCCAUUCCACCGGACCGACAACAAACACAGGCCUUCCUACUACAGCACAUCCUGCUCGCAGCCCGCUGAUGAUCUCACGACGCAGCACAAUACAGAGGCACAGCCAACCGCUCCAGCCUUCGUACAGGGCCAGGAGGGCGGGGAAGGCCAGGGCAUUGAAGAGCCAUUCUAUGUGGCAAAUCUGGAUAGUAUAUUUGAAAUGAACCUCAGGUGGCGUACCAACUUACCUCGAGUCAGGCCUUUCUAUGCAGUGAAGUGCAACAACGAUGCAGCGGUUUUGAGGAUGAUGAGUGCUCUAGACAUAGGUUUCGACUGUGCUAGCAAGGGUGAGAUCCAGCUGGUGCUGUCCCUCGGAGUGACCCCUGAUAAAAUCAUUUACGCACACACAACCAAACCAGUGUCGCACAUCAAAUAUGCCUGUACGCAUGGAGUCGAUACGAUGACUUUUGAUAACUUGGAUGAACUCCUAAAAAUAUCUCUUUGUCAUGCCAAAGCCAAAUUGGUACUCCGCAUCGCAGUGGAUCCAAGUUAA